GCUGUCACUGGUGGAAGUAGGUAAGAUUCGCCUGCGCAGUAGAGAGAAACCAGAGAGAGAAGAGCCGAACGUUUACUGAGUGAGAGGAGGGGAUGCAACGUGGAGUUGAAUGAAGACAAGACACAGCGGAAAUGAUGCUUUCAAAGCAUAGCGUGGAAAUAGAGAGCAUUUUGGCUUUAAACCCCAAAGUUCAAAGCAAUGCGAGUUUAGUUCCAACGUCAAACACAAAGAAAAACAAGAAACACUGGAAACGAAACUCCGACAAGCAGUGUUCGUCAUGUCAUGAUUUGACAAAGAAUUUUGAUGACGUUAAGCACACGACACUCAGCGAACGAGGUGCUUUAAAAGAAGCUUCAAGGUGCCUGAAAUGUGCGGAUGCUCCUUGCCAGAAGAGCUGUCCUACACAGCUGGAUAUCAAGACAUUUAUAUCGAGUAUUAGCACCAGGAAUUAUUAUGGAGCAGCAAAGGCGAUUUUCAGUGACAAUCCUUUAGGCCUGACAUGUGGUAUGGUUUGUCCAACAAGUGACCUAUGCGUAGGCGGUUGUAAUUUGUAUGCCUCUGAGGAGGGGCCAAUCAACAUUGGUGGAUUGCAGCAGUUUGCUACUGAAGUAUUCAAGAAGAUGCGGUUACCCCAAAUCAGAGAUCCCAAUUUACCAUCUGCUAGUGAUCUUCCUGAAAGCUACCAUGCCAAGAUCGCACUUAUUGGGUGUGGACCGGCCUCUAUCAGUUGUGCAACAUUCCUUGCAAGACUAGGAUACACAAACAUUAAGAUUUUCGAGAAGGAACAGUAUAUUGGGGGAUUAAGCUCUUCGGAGAUUCCACAGUAUCGACUUCCCUAUGACGUUGUCAAUUUCGAAGUGGAAUUGAUGAAAGAUUUAUCAGUCCAGAUCGAGCGUGGCCAGCCGUUGUCAGCAAAUGGAGGACACACGAUAUCGUUGUUGAAGAAAAGUGGCUAUGAAGCGAUUUUCCUUGGAAUGGGUUUGCCUCAGCCGAAAAUUAUUCCGCAAUUUGAGGGCUUGACUAGAUCUCAUGGAUUCUGGACUUCGAAAGAUUUUCUUCCUGUGGUCUCCAAAGCUAGCAAAGCAGGCAUGUCUUGCUGUGGCUCUUCCCUUCCUGAACUGAAAGGCAAAGUGAUUGUCCUUGGUGCUGGUGACACUGCCUUCGACUGCUGCACCUCUGCACUGCGAUGUGGUGCAAAGCGCGUCUUUGUCGUCUUCCGGAAAGGCUUUACAAACAUCCGGGCUGUUCCGGAGGAAAUGGAGCUGGCUAGGGAGGAGAAAUGCGAAUUCUUGCCCUUCUUGUCUCCUAAGAAGGUCAUUUUAAAGGGUGAUAAAAUUGCUGCAAUGGAGUUUUACAGAACAGAACAGAAUGAUGAUGGGACCUGGAUUGAAGAUGAAGAGCAAAUUAUUCGCAUUAAAACAGACUGUGUUAUAUCUGCAUUUGGAUCAACUUUGCAAGACGAUCAUAUUGUAAAGUCUCUGGACCCUGUGAAGAUGACAAAAUGGGGAACUGUUGAGGUGAAUUACGAGACCAUGGAAACCAGUGCUCCCGGAGUGUUUUGUGGAGGCGAUUUGGCUGGUGUCGCACAAACAACGGUUGAAUCUGUGAAUGAUGGGAAGACUGCUGCUUGGUACAUGCACAAGUAUCUCCAGGAGCUUCAUGGCAUCCCCGUCAUGGACGAGACGCCCAAGUUGCCUCUUUUCUACACGCCUGUCGAUUUAGUUGAUCUGAGUGUCGAGGUUUGUGGCCUGAAAUUCCCCAACCCAUUUGGCCUCGCCAGUGCCCCUCCGACCACAACAUCUGCCAUGAUACGUCGUGCGUUCGAGACUGGAUGGGGGUUUGCUCUCACAAAGACAUUUUCGCUUGAUAAGGACAUUGUCACUAAUGUCAGUCCAAGGAUUGUCCGCGGCAGCACUUCUGGUGAGAUUUACGGACCAGGCCAGGGUUCUUUCUUGAACAUAGAGCUAAUCAGCGAGAAAACUGCAAAGUAUUGGUGCAACUCCGUGACAGAGCUUGUGAGAGAUUUCCCAAAUCAAGUUUUGAUUGCCAGUAUAAUGUGUGGCUAUUCUAAGGAGGACUGGACGGAACUUGCUAAAAUGGCAGAGGCCGCAGGGUCCCAUGCUCUAGAGCUGAAUUUGUCUUGUCCUCAUGGUAUGGGAGAAAGAGGAAUGGGUCUGGCAUGUGGUCAGGACCCUGAACUGGUAAGGAACAUCUGUCGCUGGGUUAGAGCUGCAGUAAAGAUUCCAUUUUUUGCAAAGUUGACUCCAAACGUUACGAACAUUGUACAUAUUGCGAGAGCAGCCAAGGAAGGAGGUGCAGAUGGCUGCACUGCUACCAACACAGUCUCAGGCCUGAUGCACCUAAAGGGUGAUGCUACAGCAUGGCCUGCCGUUGGUAAGGAAAAGCUUACCACAUAUGGCGGGGUAUCUGGAAAUGCCAUAAGACCAAUAGCACUGCGUGCUGUCUCUGCAGUUGCCAAUGCCUUACCAGGAUUUCCUAUCUUAGCAACUGGAGGCAUUGACAGUGCUUCCUCAGCGUUGCAGUUCCUUCACGCUGGUGCUAGUGUUGUUCAGGUUUGCAGUGCAAUCCAGAAUCAAGAUUUCACAGUUGUCCAAGAUUACAUAUCUGGAUUGAAGUGUUUGUUGUAUAUGGAAGCAUGUGAAGAGUUCAAAGAAUGGAACGGACAGAGCAUGCCCACGGAGAGACAUCAAAAAGGAAAGCCAGUGGUUGUCAAGGAGGUUAUUGGGAAGGGUCUUCCGAACUUUGGACCCUACAAAAUGGAGAGAGAGAAGAUUGUUGCCGAAUAUAAAAAGUCAGCAGAUCUUCUUGGUGACGAUUUCAAAGGAAAGGCAGUGAGACCUGCGGUGCAGCCAAAAGGCGAUUUACCAAAACUCAAGGACACAAUUGGUCUGGCCUUGUCCCGCAUUGGCACUUAUGGUCGAAUGGACAAUAAGCAACAAGCUGUUGCCUUGAUCGAUGAAGAGAUGUGCAUCAACUGUGGCAAAUGCUACAUGACUUGCAAUGACUCGGGCUACCAAGCCAUAACUUUUAAUCCUGAAACACAUUUGCCUCACAUCACAGAGGAUUGCACUGGUUGCACUCUGUGUGUCAGUGUGUGCCCUAUUAUCGAUUGCAUUACAAUGAUUGAACGCAAGACGCCUUACAUUCCAAAUCGUGGUGUUCCACUGGAUGUCAAAUAACUUGAUUUUUAGUGCCCUUGUUGUAAAUGAGAUGUCAUAUUAAUCUCUCACCAUAUAUAAAUUGUAUUGUUUGAUGGAUAUUUAAGUAGAAAUUUCAUAUAGCCAUAUUUUGCACAUAUUUUCGGCCAGUUAGUUUUCGGUCAGCUGCAUGCAUCCAUAUCAUAACAAGAUAGAGCUUUUUACUUGCUGAAUAUUAAAAAUCGCAGAGAAGAAACAGCAUAAAAUUCCCCUUUGUCGUUUUUCAGAAACCUUAUUAUUAAGAUUCAAUAUACACAUGAAUUGUGUGGUUUUUAAACACUUAACAAUAGUUUGUAGGUUGCAGUGAUGCUGAAUUAUCAGUGAAAUGUAUAAGAAAGUUCUCUGAUUUUCCUCCCAAAGUCCCUGUCUUUGUAAUAUUACCUUACAGGAUAACUGCCACUAACCUAGUACUUUUCUACACCUGCAAAAAAUCCUCUCACUGAUUAUUUUAAGCUCCAUAAUACCUAUUCUGGUGAACUUUGAUAAGACCCAAUUGUUGUAUCAAUGAAUUGAGAUGUGUUUUGUAUGAUUAUCUAAUCAAGUCUGA